AUGGCCAUGUCUAAAGGAUUCCGUGUGCUGGAGAAAUCCAAACCACCGUCGCCGCACAGUGUCCUGCUGGAGCAUCGGAACAAACCCGAAACGCUGCUGUUCGAGUCGCAGGCCGUCGCCGUCCUGUCGGCUCAGGAAACGGAAAUCGUCCGCAAACAGUACACCAAAGUGUUGGACGCGUACGGAUGCCUCGGGGUGCUACAAUUGAACGCGGGCGACACCUCGCUGCUCUACCUGGUGAUGGUGACCGGGUGCUUCUCCGUGGGCAAAAUACUCGACAGCGAAAUCUUUCGCAUCACCCAAACGCAGUUCGUCUCGCUACAGUAUCAACCAACGAACGAGGACAAGGUGGCCGAAAUACGGAAGGUGCUGAACUCGGGCACGUUCUACUUUUCCUUCUCGAACCCGGCCACGGCCCAACCGGCGUACGGUUUCGACAUAACGCUCUCGGCCCAGAGGCGACGCCGCACCAAUGAGACGGACAAUCGGUUCUUCUGGAACCGAAUGCUGUUCAUCCACCUGCUACGCUUCGGUGUAGAGUGCAACUUUUGGCUGCUGCGAGCGAUGUGUGGCUCGGUGGAGAUCCGCACGGUGUACGCCGGCAGCAAGCAAGCGCGCGCGGCCAUCAUCUCGCGGUUGAGCUGCGAACGGGCCGGAACACGGUUCAAUGUGCGCGGUACCAACGACGAAGGGUGCGUGGCCAACUUUGUCGAGACGGAGCAGUGCAUCUAUCUGGACAAUGAGAUUACGUCGUACGUGCAGACCCGUGGCAGUGUGCCCCUGUUCUGGGAACAACCGGGCGUGCAGGUCGGAUCGCACAAGGUGAAGUUGUCGCGUGGCUUCGAAUCGUCCCGCGCGGCUUUCGAUCGACAUAUGUGCACGAUGAAGGCCCGGUAUGGCCAGCAGGCCAUCGUCAAUCUACUCGGUACGAGCCUGAUUGGGAGCAAGGAGGGUGAAGCGAUGCUGAGCAACGAGUUUCAACGGCACCAUCGCGAAUCGGAUCACAACGACGUACCGCACCUGGUGUUCGAUUACCACCAGGAGUGCCGUAGUGGCAACACGAGCUCGUUGGCCAAGCUAAAACAACGCAUCGAUGCAACAUGCGCCGACUUUGGCAUGUUUUACGCCAUCGGGGACACGGUGUACCGCGAGCAACGGGGAGCGAUCCGGACGAACUGUCUCGAUUGUCUCGACCGUACGAACUGCGUCCAGACGUACGUAGGGCUGGAGAUGUUGGGCGAACAGAUUCACCAGAUGAGCGCGCUGUCGGACAAGAAGCAACAGAUGGCAUCCCGGUUCGAGGAGGUGUUCCGACAAAUGUGGAUCAACAACGGGAACGAGGUGAGCAAGAUCUACGCCGGUACCGGUGCAAUACAGGGUGGUUCGAAGCUGAUGGACGGAGCACGAUCGGCCGCCCGAACGAUUCAGAACAAUUUGCUCGACAACUCGAAGCAGGAAGCGAUCGAUGUACUGCUGGUUGGUUCGACGCUCAGCUCGGAGCUGGCCGACCGGGCCAGGAUACUGCUUCCCUCCAACAUGCUACAUGCUCCAACACCCGUCCUGAGGGAAAUGUGUAAACGAUACGAAGAGUAUGUGAAUCCGGUCGGUGUUAGGAUUGCAUGCGGAACGUACAACGUGAACGGUGGCAAACACUUCCGGAGUGUCGCCUACAAGGAUGUUUCACUGGCGGACUGGCUGCUGGAUUGUCAUCGAUUGGCACGAUCACGAUCGCUCGUCGAUUUCAGUCACGUGGAAGACACCAACGAACCGCCGGUGGACGUAUUCGCUAUCGGAUUUCAGGAGAUUGUUGAUCUGAAUGCGUCCAACAUUGUUGCUGCGAGCUCCGAUAAUGCGAAAGCUUGGGCCGAAGAGCUGCAGAAAGUGGUGAGCCGGGACGAGGAGUACGUGCUGUUGACCUACCAACAGCUCGUUGGCGUUUGCCUGUACAUCUACAUCCGACCGCAACACGCACCAUACAUCCGCGACGUGGCAAUCGAUUGCGUGAAAACGGGCCUUGGUGGAGCGACCGGCAAUAAGGGUGCAGCGGCCAUACGGUUCGUGCUUCACGGGACCUCACUGUGUUUCGUGUGCGCGCACUUUGCCGCCGGUCAAUCGCAGGUGACCGAACGGAACGCGGACUACGCCGAAAUAACGCGCAAGAUCGCAUUCCCGAUGGGCCGCUCGUUGAAGUCGCACGAUUAUAUCUUCUGGUGUGGCGAUUUCAACUAUCGUAUCGACAUGGACAAGGACGAACUGCGCGAGAUGCUGCGUGUCGGUGGGGCAUCGACCGAUCUGAGUGUGAUCCUGCCGUACGAUCAGUUGCGCAUUCAACAGAAUGCGGGUAGCGUGUUUAACGAGUUUCUCGAGGGUGAGAUCACGUUCCCACCGACGUAUAAGUACGAUCUGUUUAGCGAUGACUACGAUACAAGCGAAAAGGCACGGGCACCGGCUUGGACCGAUCGAGUGCUGUGGCGACGGCGUAAGCAGAGCCCGGACGCGGACCGGCACCCAGGUUGGAACCCGGGCCGGUUGGUACACUACGGGCGAGCGGAGUUGAAGCAGAGUGAUCACCGACCGGUGCUGGCGUUGAUCGACAUCGAAGUGCAGCGAAUCGAUCCGGCCCGCCGGGCCACCGUGUUUGGGGAUGUGAUUCGCGACCUGGGACCACCGGAUGGUACGAUCUUAAUACAGGCCAACACCGGUGCCGGUGGUGGUGGUGGUGGUGGCGGUGGAGCGUACGCCGAUUCUGGGGACGAAGACGAGGGUAGCAUCUACGAUGAGAACCUGAUGGCGGCACUGAUACAGGAAUUGACGCAGAUCGGUGAGGUAACGCUCGUACGCUUCGUGGGUGACACGAUGUGGGUUACGUUCCGCGAUGGACAAUCGGCACUGACCGCCGCCCAGAAGCGCUCCGUGCAGGUGUGCGGGGUGGCGCUCUCCAUCAAUCUAAAAACGGAUAAUUGGGUGGAGCAAGUCGAGAAGGAGAUUCUGCUCUGCACCCCGAACACGGUCAGUUUCUGCGAUGUUCCUGCGGCCGGAGAUUACAACAGUCUCGGGAUACCAGAAAUGCCGGCCAGCCGCCCGAAAAGUCCGCCGACGACCGGACGGAUGGGGCCCCCAAGUCGUCCGCCGUUACCAAAGUCACCACAAGCAUCACCAAAGCAUCAACCAUCGCCGCAUCAUCAGCAUCCGCAUCCGCUGCCCCACCAUCACCAUCAUCCGCGGGCCGGCGUUAUUAGCCUGGGGCCGGAAGUGUUGCUCGCAUCGAAACUACCACAAAAGCCGUUCGUGCCAGCGGGACCGCCUCAGCGACCGACGCCCCCGGUUGAAGAGUACGCCAGCAGCUCGCCUCUUCCUGGUUCCCCACUUCACGCUGCGGCCGCUGCCUCCCAGCAGCAGCAAGCAGACUCAUGUGCAAUCUACGAGGAAAUUAACGACGAUUUCAUUCCGGAACAACCCCGCGGACCACCACCGCCACCACCACCCCGAAGCGAUGUCUACGAUCUGGAUGUGGUGAGCAACAACAGCAAAUCGACGAACAAAUCUUCUCCUCCUGGGACCUCCGGUAGUUCGGGAGCUGGUUCUCCUCAGUCUGCAGGAAAUGCGGCGUCGCUCGGUGCUGCAGGACCCCCGAAGGGUAUUCCGCCGCCACUCCCGGUGCGGCGCGGUGGGCCUCCACCGAUACCGAACCGUAGCGGUGGUCCUCCACCACUUCCGGCACGUCCCAAUGUUCCAGCGUUUGUUAUUUAUUAUUAAAAAAAAUUGUGCACUGGAGGAAAUAGCUGCGGAAAGUCUGUGGCGGGAUGGCGAGGAAGAAGGAUUGCCAGGCCAGGCUGAGUUCAAGACCAAUUAUUGGAACGUGUCGCAAAAGCAUACCAUCCCACUUUGCCCGUCGGUAGCUCGGCGGCCCCGCAAUUCCCAGCCAGCGUUCGCAGUCGUUCGGAUCGAUCCGACCAUCCGACCAUAAGUACAUUAUAUACAUAAAUAUGCGCUUGCAUACAGUUCUCUGCACGCGAGCACCGUGUUUAUAUAGAGAAACGUAUCGAAUAUAUACAUACAUAAAUGAAGAAAACAGUUACUACAAUUAGCUGGUUAACAAAAGUUGAAAUAGCUUCGUAGCGUUGGUAGCAGCGUACCGUAAUUGAUACUUAGCGAAGGGUUUUUUUGUUACGUUGAGCAAUGCCGAGCUGGUAAGCAAUAGUUCAUUUUGUUCCAAUGCCCCUCUGGACCGGUGCUGGAGACGUGUAUUGGCAAUGGCGAAUGCUGGUAACCAUUUCAGUGUGUAUAUGUGUAUGGAAGUAUCGUGUGCGUUCGAGAAUUAUGCGUGAAUUGUUGUUUCGUUUGUAUGGAAAACUUGCGAAAAUAUUUAUCGGAUUGAUAGGUAAGAACCAGUGCGCGAAAGCUACAUAGUCGAUUAACACACCGCAUCCAAUGUAUCAUGUUACACAUUGAACUAUUAUUAUCAUGAACGAACGAAU